ACUGUAGGCAGAUAUAACUUAUAUCAUGUAUUUAUAACAUUAUAAAAUAUAUAAUUGUUAUGGGUGAAAGUGAUGUUAACCGAGCGUUCUCUUUUAAGUGGUGUGGAUCAUGACACAUUUUACGGGAUUCGGGUUGUCUCUCGUACUCUGGUUGUUUAACCCAGUAUCGUGUUCUCUUACUUGCAACAGUACCUGUACGGCAAUCGACCAUAAUGUGAACGUCACAUUUGCCUGCACAUUGCUGGAAAUACCCGAAGAAACAGACUCAUGGGUACCAGAAUGUGGUCCAGACAAACCUAGCCAAAUUAGCUGUGAUCAAGUACACAUAAAUAACAAAACGCAGCUGGGAUUUUCAUGGCAUCCCCCUGGAGACUCGUCGGCCAAAGACAUAACGGGUUUCCGGAUAUUAAUAUUCAUAACAAAUACCGGAAAUUUUUACCCGAGGAAAUCCUAUAGAAUGAAUCUCACGGAGUGGAAAGCAUACCUCACACAUCCUCAAUCUACAUUUACGUUGAGGUGCUUGUUUGACGAGGAAGGUGACAGGCAAUAUGUUCCCGUUUUUGCACACGUAUUCAGUCUUCCGAAAUCAAGCAAAAAGUUGUGCACACGAAAUUCAUCUUCGUGUGAAAAAAAGGAAAGAUUUACUCCAGCAACAGUCCAUACAGUGACGGAAACAGUCCAUACCGUGACGGAAACGAAAACUGGGCUUGGAAUUUACAUCGGGGUACCCGCAGCCCUUGUUGUAUUUCUUGUGUCAGCAAUAUUGGCGUUCAGGUGGUUUCGUACAGGUAAAAGGAAAUCAUGCUCGGUAUCACAUAUAGAGGAAAGAAAUGGACACAACUCGGUCUCAACAAUAUCAGGAGAACCGCAAUUUACACAAACGGUGCCAUUCGAUCCACAUCCUGGUUUAAGGACAAAGCGUGAUAUUGACGCCCAAAACUUUGAGUGUUUUAAAGAGGAAUCGAUCCAAAAACAUGGAAAAGAUCUGAAAGUUUUUAUUAGCUCUGAAUUACAAUUAGAGGAAAUCCCACGGGAGACAUUUGGUCGAGUGGGAAAUGAUGACACGGGAUACAGUUCUGGAUCUGACAGAGUGUGUCCAGUUCAUGGGUAUUCAACGGAGGCAAAACAUACAGUACCAGACCUCGACUAUAGUGAUUGUAUUCCGCCACUUAGUGACGAAGCAACACAGCGGGUAGCAUUGAGUCUGGCUGCUUUCAAUGAAAAAUCAGAGAACCAUCAAUAGAAUGAAUAUCACUUUGGGUGCGACAAAGAAAUCCCAACAGAAGGGGUAAGAUUCUUUCAUGUUCAGCCAGGAGUAUGACUGUUAAGCUAUUCCGUCGCACCCCAAAGUGAUGAAUGCUUAUUUUCCUCCCAACCCCCCAAAAUCGUCUUGGUAAACAUAUUUGGCGCCAUUUGAGGUUAAUAUGAUGUCAUUUACCUGUUUUCAUUGGGUACACCCAAGUAGUUGAUAGAACAGAAAUGAACUGUUGAAGUGUAAGUAUUCGUAAAGCAAGUCACUGGUAACAUCUAAACACCAAUCAUGGUUCUGCAUCCGUGAACAUCCAUACAGGUGUAACACAAACUAGUGGAUCGAUAAUUACGAUUGUAUAUAAACUCGUGUUCAAAACACAUGAUGAGCGUACCUAAGUAUUUCAAUCACUACUACGACCUUCAUUAUUAGGACUGAGACUCAACAGGUGUAGCUUCCUCUGAGGUCCUGUACAUUUUCAGACACGUGACCGCUAGAGAGAGCAACCAUCAUCAGUAUCGAUAAAGCCACAUAACUUAUGCAUGACUAACACUUCAGCCGUAUAACGGAAUUCCUGGACAAUGAUAUACAUGGGUAAAUUAGAUGUGGUAGAAAUGUGAUAUAAAUACAAAUUCAAUCGUAUGAGUUUCCAUUUAACACUAUAUCUAUGAAAUUAAUGUAAAGGUUUCGUUUUAGCGAGGCUACGCUGAGACGAAAUGAAAACUCCGGGAAGAGUUUGAUAACUCUGAUAAAUUAUAUGAUUUGAAAUUAAUAUCAUUAGAACGAAAGUCUGUCAACAUUCGCAGAAACAUUUUUCGUACCACCGUCCAAUCUUCAACGUUGACUAUGCAAUGUCAAAAUAGUAUGACUUUUUUCUUACCUCUGACGUCACAAUAUAUAGUAUAACACGAUAGUAUACGGUAUAAAUGGCAUUGUUAUGCUUACUGCAUAAACAGAGAACUGGUAUGAUAAAUACUGUCUCAUGACAUUUUAUCUACAUUUAAAAUAACACACCUGUCUUCUGAAAGUGACAGUUGCAUCUCAAUAACAUUUAAUAUUUUUGUACGAAAAGAAAUAGAGAAGACUACAUAAAACCGCAAUUUGAAAUCAUAAUUGAUGUUACAAGCAAAAGCUGAACGACUCAAAGAUUUAUAUAUGAAGUCCCCUGAAAAAAGUACAAAUUCUGGAAGGGUAAGUGUCUCGUGCUUCAUCGACAAUACCCGCCAUUUAAAGGUUAAAUUCAAGAUAAACAAAAAAUUGGUAACCGGGCAUUUCAAAAUCUCAGAAUGCUAUAAACAGAAUUUUCAAUCGACUUCUCGUUGAAUAUUAAAUAUAUUUUUUAACUCAUCUGGCAGAUUAUUUAUUUGGGAAAAUAUCAUAAACCUGUGAAACGAGUGAAAUAUAUCUGAAAUUCAGUGUUAAACGAAUUGAAACCCUCUCUUUACAUAAUUUUGUACACUGAUAGAUAAUUGAUUGCUGUUUGUCCUGCCAACACGAUAGAAUUAUAUUAACGCUAAAACCAAUGAAGUGCUGAGAUAUAAACGUGAAUAUUCUAAAUCCAGUUAUCAAUAACCAGACAAAUGUAAGGAACUUAACAUUCUACAAGAUGCGUGUAAUCCUGGUGCCUCUGGUGCAAUGAAAGUGAUAUUGAUUCAAGGUAGGGGUAGCACAAAAGAGGCGAUAACUGUAGUCCACAAGCAAAUUAUAUUUCAUGGUUCUGAAGAGGAAGAUGUUUCAUUAUACAAAACAAAUCAUAAUGAUAAUUUCAUCACUGAUGUCAUCUACAACAUAUCUUGUCUUCAAUUGUGUAAGAGCUUAUGUAUAUUUAUUAUUACUGUAUGUUGAAAUAAAAUACUGU